UGUUGUUGUUGUUGAAGAGUUAGGGCGCGCAUCAGCUUGGCUCAAGCGUCCAACUUCCAAGUUGCUCGUUGUACUGAAGAAGUAACUCAGAACCUUCAUUGAAUUUGGACAUAUUUAGCUCAAAGCUGUUCAUUUUUCUCAAGUUCUUCAUUUGGAAGACAAUGGCAGAACUGGUUAAGAAUUUCAUCAAUGCCAAUGUACCAAGCAAAGAUGCCAAGAACAUUGAAGAAGGAUUUCUGACAAAGAGUAUCGUCAUGUCCAAGAGGCAGAAGCCCAAGAAGAAGCCGCAGGUGCGGCUGCGGAAGGGGGCGCUAACGUCCCGCUCCCGUCGCGAGCUCGGCUUCCACAAGCUGGACCGCACCGGCCUGAAAUACGCCGACUACGUGCCCCUGAACGAUCUGUGGCACCAGUAUAUGAGGAACUACCUCGACCUAGACACACUGAAUCGGUCGGAGUUCCGCGCGGAGCCGUGGGACACGCGCACGGAGCAGCGUCACCUGCAGCUGUGCCGCGCCGACUACCACGGCGCGCGGCUCACGGUGCUCCGCUCGCGCUGCCACUCGUUUGUCGGAGUCACCGGCAUAGUGCUGCUGGAGACGAGAGGCACGUUCCAGCUCAUCACUGCCGAUAAUACCGUGAAAAUGAUUCCGAAGGAGCACAGCGUCUUCGAGACGCGCGUGGACGGUUUCAAGAUUCGUCUGUUUGGGAACAACCUUCUCACCAGGGCGGUCGCCCGGGGAAUGAAGAAAAUGAAAUCAAAGAAGACCAUCGAGCUGUGAG